AUGCCCCAGCGGGCAACCCUGCCCUGGCAGUCCGACAUGCAGCUGGCCGGCAAGCUGGUCCUCUCCGCCACCGCUCUGCUCCUCCUGACGUUGGCGUACAGGUUUUAUAAGUCCCGCUCGCUUGCCAGGGGCAAAAUCCCACCGGCUGAUACGGGAGGAGAACAGAGGGAAAACGCUGCCCGGGAUGGGGAUGGGAACGGGGACGGUGCGGCGGGUCUGCGGCGGAGGAGGGUGUUGGGUGGGGAGGUGAGGAGGGAUGGUGGGGAGGGACAGGGAAGCGGCCGAGCCGGCGCCCCUGGGACACGGCGCACGCCUCCCCGGGGGGAUCGAAGUCGGCCAAGAGGUGAGGAGGAGGAUGGAGAGGAGAUGGAUUCUGACCUGGGGAUGAUUGGUGGGAGAGUGAGGAUGGCUGGGAGGGGAAGCGAGCUGGGAAGUGAAAUGGGAAGUAAGUCGGGAAGGGAGACAGGAAUUGAGCUGGGAAGUGAGCCAGGAAACAAACCAGGAAGCAAUGAGCCGGGAAGUAAUCUGGCAAGCAAGCCAGGAAGCGAGUCAGGAAGCGAGCGAGGAAGCAAGCUAGGAAGUGAGCCGGGAAGUAAUCUGGCAAGCAAGCCAGGAAGCGAGUCAGGAAGCAAGCCAAGGUCUUAUGACCCCAGGGACGCGGCCAAACCACUGGGCAGCCGCGGGGAGGAGGGCACGCUUGCCCCAAGCGCCGGGCUUUCCCCCGGGAUUGCUAAUGCCCGGAUGGCAGAUGACAUGUGCACCCAAGGCAAGGAGCAGAAUCUGGCCAUCACAGACAUGACCCAGGAGGCCAAGGAGCAUGGGGGGAUGAUCCAAACCCUCAGCGUCACCUCAGACCUGGGGCUAACGAUGACAGCGAGCAACACGGGAUCAGAUGCCUCCUACUCUUUCUCCUCAGUCGCAAAGAUCCGAGUGGAGGAGAACUACAUCACCGAGCGGCAGGUGAAGGACAGAGCUGGGCAGCCAGUCCCCGGCCUCAAAGGCAAAGUCUACGACUACUAUGUCCAGUCCAUCUCCCAGUCAGUGUCGAAGAAGAGGUCUCCUCCUUACAUCCCUCUGAGAACAUCCCGGUGCCGUAGCUUGGAGGGGGUCAAUGAAGAGCUGAAGGGCUUUGCAGCCCAGGAGCUGGACCCAACUUUGGCAAUGUGGGGUUCCACCACCUCCUCCAUAGUCCCACAACCUACAGGGAGCUUGGAGAUCUCCACUGAGCCGCCAUCUCCUGGCCGCAAGGACAGCAUCCUCCAGAUUGCCGACAGUCCCCGCCUCCAGCUGCCCAUGGAGGGUUUUGGGGUCACGAUGCCGGCCGGCACACCACCGGCAAGCCCUCGUCCAGAGCUGGUGGCCAGCACCAACAUCUUCCACAUGCCACCACCCACCCACCUGGACCUGGGGAACUGCUACGAGGUCCUCUGCAUGGCCAAAGCACAGAAGCUUGGACACCUCCAGGAGGCUGCCUACAAGGUGAUGAGUGACAACUACCUGCAGGUCCUGAGGACACCCUCCAUCUACGGCCGCCUCAACGCUGGCGAGCGGGAACUCAUCCUGCAGCAGAGGAUGAAGGGGAAGAUGUAUGUGGCCGUGGCAGAUGUCAACAUGAAGGAGCCUGGCCUCCACACCAGCCGCCUCUGCUACUACGAUGAUGAAGGAGACUGCUGGCGUCACCUCUGCCAUGUGCCACCGGAGGUGGUCUCCCAGGGGUGCGCCAUGUGCAGCAUGUUCAACUACCUCUUCGUGGUGGCUGGCUGUGAGGGCAUGGGCCAGGCACAGAGACCUUCCAACCGUGUCUUCUGCUAUGACCCCCUGACUAACAUCUGGAAGGAGAUCUGCCCCCUGAAUGAAGCACGGCCGCGCUGCAAGCUUGUGGCCUUGGAUGGCCACCUCUAUGCCAUUGGCGGCGAAUGCCUCCACACGGUGGAGUGCUACGACCCCCGGCAGGACCGCUGGACCUUCACUGCACCCCUGCCCCAUGACACCUUUGCCGUGGCCCAUACGGCCACAGUGUGCGAUGGGGAGAUCUAUGUGACAGGGGGCACCUUGCGCUACAUGCUGCUGCGUUACACCGCCCGCUCGAACAGCUGGAGGGUCAGCCCGGCUGGUGGUGGCAAAGACAGGACGGCCGAGAUGGUGAGUGCCAACGGCUUCAUCUACCGCUUUGACUUCCACCGCAGCAUGGGCAUCAGCGUCUACCGCUGCAGUGCCAAGGCCAAGCUAUGGUAUGAGUGUGCCACCUACUCCAUACCCAACCCAUCCAGCUUCCAGUGCGCCAUGGUGGGCAGCCUGGUCCACUGUGUUGGUCGGCACUUCCACAUACGCUUCUUGGCUGACCACAUCUCACCUCGCUUCGGGACCAAGGAGCUGCAGCCCUUCCCAUCACCACGUGGCAGUCUCCUCCCGGCCGUCCUGGUGCUGCCAGAGGUAGGGAUGGUGCAAACGCAGGUUUGAGGGAUCCAUGCUGGGGUCUUAUGCAACAGUAGUGGUGGCUCAGACGUGACAUGAUGGUGAAAGCUGGUAGAAGAAGCCAUGAGCCCACAUUGGACCACAUAGCAUGGGACCAACAUUACCAGGGCAAUGUUACCUAUACCUACCAUCAAGCAGGCAUCACACCAGUCCUCAUCAGUAAGGAAGGAGACAAACUGCCCUUGGAUACUGCCAAUAAAUCCAGCCUUGAAGACACAAGGAAGAGCAAAGAAGGAACUAGGUGGACUCGUUUGCUUAGAGAUAUUUAAACAUAGGUGUGCUUUCUUGGAUGCAAAUAAACCACAGCUUGCUGCAGGCUCCCAGCUGUGCACUGCCCAAUGAGUAUCUGCUUUACACAUCAGGUGUCUAAUAUUGACAUGGACACACAACACAUGGGGGAUUUUAGGGUGGAGGAACACAGCAGCGAGGUUUGAACGCUGAGGAGGUAUCACCCAAAGGUCAGCCCCAUCAGCAUCAAGCCAACAUCGAGCCUUCAGGCUUGACCGCACAUAUCACCCUGGGGCUGGAAGCUGGGGGCCAGAGGGUACACUGCUCCUACCAGUGCCUUGUCACCUGUUAGCUUCUCCUCAGAAUUAUAUAUAUCUCUCUAUAUAUUUAUAUGCAUGCAAUGUAAAUAGGCACUAUAGAUUUACAGACAAAUUGUCUUAAAUGAAAUUAAA